AUGUUUAUUCGAACUAUUCCGAAAUUAGUUCAAGAUAAUAUUCAAUAUGACAAAGAAGUUCAACAAUUGUAUAAUAAAGUCAAUGAUCUUACACAUGAUAAAUAUAAGAAUCGACUAUUUGCUGUUAUUCAAGUUGGUAAUGAACAACGUAAAGUAACUACAGAAGAUAUUAUUUGCAAAGUUGAUGAAUUUCAUCCAACAAUUGGUGAUCGAAUUCGUUUUGAAAAAGUUCUUCUUGUUGGUAGUUCAGAUUUUACAGUGAUUGGACGACCAAUUCUUAAUCCACAUUUUGUUCGUGUAGAAGGAAUUGUUAUUGAGAAAACAUUAUCACAAACUCAAAUGGAUUAUUAUUAUGCACCGAAAAAGAAAAGCGUUGGUGCAAGACAUUUUCUUUGGCGUGAUCCAUUGACGAUGAUUCGUAUUACAAAUAUUGAAAUACUCGGACCAUUACCCGGAACAAAUCAAUCUGACUCAUAG